AUGCACCACUGCAGCUUGUUUGGCUUACAUCCGACUUGUCUGAAUAAGAUCCUGCCGUUGCCCUCCAUGACCGAGGCACAGAUGAAGGAGACGCGCGAGGUCCUCAAGUUCACGAGGAUGUGCAAGUACUGGAAGGUGAAUCGGUGCCACCUUGGUGCUGACUGCAACUUUGCUCAUACUGAGUCAGAGUUGAGGGAUCAGCCGGACUUGGUAUCGACGCAGCUUUGCUUCCAGUUUGCACGCAAGGGCACGUGCAAGAAUGGCGAGGCAUGCACCUUCGCUCACGGGAAGUCUGAGCUCCGACGCCUUCAGAAAAAGGGGAAGGUCGGGCGCGAGACUGCAGAGCCCAAGAAGGUCUCCAUCGGCUCAAGUGUCGGUCCGUUCGUGCAUGCGCGGCCCUUGACGACAUCCUUGCCUAGUGUCAUUCCAGCCUUGACCGUGGACACGACCCCGAACUUCCGGGCACCGCCGGGGCUGGAAUGCUCCGAGGAGGCUAGCCCGAUUAGUCCUCCGCCAGGCCUUGGGAUGGAGGCCCAGCCGGUGCCGAAUGCGUUUGCGGCGAUGCUUCGGGAGAGUUUGGAGAGCUCUCACCGCAAGCCUCUGCUGAAACACGCCAGCCACAGCCACGACUGUCUGCUUCAAGAGCUACCCCUUCAGCUGGAUGCGAAGGUCCCGGCCAACAAGGAGUGGGAUCUUGGUGCCGACAGUGUGGCAUCCACUGGUUACGCAUCGGACGCGAGCGAGCCCACUAGUCCCACCAUUGGGUCGUUUUGGCUGUGA